ACCACCCCCUCCACUCUUCUUCUUCACCAACGCCGUAAACAAUUUGAAAAUUUGCAUUUUUUCGCCCAUUCGAUUUAGUUGCCAAUUAUCCGCUAAAUUGCACGACAAAAGAAGUGCUAAAUUGAGUAAUUGCGGUGGGUGCGAGCGGAUGAACAAACUAACGAAAUAGAGCGAAUAAAGAGCAGACAAACAAACAGUUUUUUUUUGCAAUUUGGAAGAGUGCCAAAAAACAGCAAGAAAAAUAAAAAGUGGACAUUUGAACCGCAUUACAAAGCAGAAAAGGUGAAAAGAACAGCUGGUGGAUCAGGUGCGUGGCUGAAACUGAAUCAUUUGCCAUUAAUUCGGCCCUAAGUAAACACAUACGGUGAAAAUCCGGCCAAAAGAGCAACCAACAACAACAGGCCGCAAUAAACCGGCAACAGCUGACAGCUAUUGCUUACGUAAGCCACUCGUAAUUACAACCAGUUAAGCAAUUUGAUCAACUGCCAAAAUGUCGCAGGUAUCAACCCUUAUCGAUGUCGACAAGCCCCUCUUCGAUCUCAGCACCUUCGCUGGGCGCUUCCAGUACUUCGCCUGGAUGACGGAUCCCCGGACCGUAAUCCUCUCCAGCGAUCGUCUGCUCGAAGCCAAAACCAUGAUUGAACGAUACCGGAAAGGUGAUCAAUCGCCGCAGGUGAAACCGGAGGAGGUGCAUUACAACAUGAAGCUAUACAACUCCGCAUUUCAUCCGGAUUCUGGGGAACUGCAGAACUUUUGCGGCCGCAUGAGUUUUCAGGUGCCCGGUGGCAUGUUGAUCACCGGGGGCAUGUUGGCCUUCUAUCGCACCGUUCCGGCCGUGGUGCUUUGGCAGUUCAUCAACCAGUCCUUCAAUGCGGUGGUCAACUACACGAACCGCAAUGCCAAUUCGCCCACCAGCGUUACGCAGCUGGGCGUGGCAUAUGUAUCGGCCACCACAUCGGCACUGAUAGCAGCUAUUGGAUGCAAGAACUAUUGGUCCAAGAAAGCGAGUCCGCUGUUCCAAAGAUUUGUGCCCUUUACGGCUGUGGCGGCGGCAAAUUUUGUCAACAUUCCGUUUAUGCGACAGAAUGAGAUACUUAAUGGCAUUGAGGUGAAGAACGAGGACGGAGUGAUUGUGGGCCAGAGUAGAUUGGCUGCCAUCAAGGGAAUAGGCGAGGUGGUUAUAUCUAGGAUUGCGAUGGCGGCGCCUGGAAUGCUGAUCCUGCCUUUAAUAAUGGAAAGGCUGGAGAAAGUGCCUGCUUACAGGCGCAUCAAGUGGAUAAACGCACCCUUCCAGACCCUCAUGGUUGGAUGUUUCCUUUGUUUCAUGGUUCCCACUGCCUGUGCUCUGUUCCCACAACAGUGUUCUUUGGACACAUCAACCAUGCGCACCUUUGAACCGGAACUCUAUGAGGAAAUCGAGAAGAAAACUGGCGGCAAUGUCCCCAAACGAGUCUACUUCAACAAGGGCCUGUAGGAUCAGCUCGAUAUUAACUCUGGAUUUUAAGGAAGACAAUAAUGUGUUAGUCGUUUCUGUUCUGGUCGUGUUUUUUGUAGCAUUUAUUGUUUCAGAUUGUUCCUUGUCUCGUGUCAAUUGUCGUAGUCACUAAGCUGAAAGAAUCUCAACUCUAUGUGAAAUGAAUAUUCAUGCCUGUUUCGGUUUUCGUAACUACAUUUUUUAUAGAUAUUCUUUUGUUUCAUAAGUUGUUUAAUUUUAAGUUGUAAAUUGUUCAUCUGUUAAGAAUUGUGAACAUGUUUUAAACUUUUUUUUUAUACGUUCCAGUCUCAACACUUAAAAAAUUAUGUCGAAUGGAAAACCGUAGCAUGGCAUGUACUUAAAGGGCAUUAUGUUCAAGCAUGUCCCAAAAUGUGUUCUGGUAAUUUGGUAUUUAUAAAUAUUUUCGUGGAAGUUAUUAAUACUGUGAAUAUGCUCAUAUUGGUUUUACAUACUCUAGAUAAAUUUUGAUAAACUCCUUAAAACUGAAAUACUUUUAAAUUCUAAAAGAAAUUAUAAGAUUUGCAACUUAAACCAUAACAGAAACGUUGAACAUCUAUUUCCAGUAAACAUGCAACAAAAACACCUUGGAAUAUGCUUUUUAGAGCCACUUGUAGACAACUAACUCGUUGUGUUUCGAUUUAGGACUAAUUUACUCAUAUGUUUUAAAUAAAUGUUUACAAACU